CACAUACGUCAGUAGAAGUAAAACAUCUUUGUUCUUUUCACAAAAUUUUAAACAAUUUUUUAAUAGUUAUAAAACUAUUACUUCUAAUUGGGUACCCUGUUGAAUUUACCAUUCAUCGCAUUUAGUAAAUAGUACUAGCAGACAGUUCAGUAUGAAAUUAUAAUGUCCUGCCAAACAAUUUGCAAGGUGACCUCAGCGCAGCAGCAAACAAAUUUGUACCGCAACCAAAAAGUCAAUAAUCACUAAUUAAACAGGAAAAGGGAUAGGUUGACGUCGGCAAUACGCGUUGGAAGAAAAUCACUUGGGAUAAAUCUUACAAUCCAACACUCGAUUUGUCUGGAUAAUCAUUGGCCAAGUUGCUUUAUAAAUCGAUGAAAAAAUGUUUAGCCUAUUGCCCUUUCUAACCGAUUCGGACGAACUGCUGGACCAGUGGACCAUUGCUCUAUUGGCCAUCAUCGUCAUCUAUUUGGGCUGGCGUUCGACUUACGUCCGCGAGGAUCGUCCCCAAUCACAGGCCGCCGUUCUAGUCAUCGAGAACAAUCUCCACCAUCUGAAUCGGAUCGCCCAGCAGCCAGUUACAAUAAAUAUCCUUCGUAGCUCAUCGCAACAGUCGAACAUAUCCAAUGUGACUGAAACGGAAGAGCUGGACCUGGAGAAUGAUAGCAUAGCGUCGUCGAUUGACAACAUCACCCAAUCGAUUCUGACGGAGGCGUCGGAAUCGGCCACCGGACUGGAUCUCAGCGAUUCGGAAGCUUACCCGAGCACUUCCGGAGUAUCUUCAUCGGCAUCAGGAGGCCCGAGUGGCGUGUCGAGACUCACGACUCGCAGUAGUUUGAACGAAGAAAUCGACCCAGGUCCAGAGGAAAUCAUCCGUCAAAUGGACCAGGAUUUGGACGACACGCUUGCGCCGGUUCAGCCAGUAACGAAGGAAGAACAGAACGAUGUUGCCGAGGGUGUUCGACAGCGGAAAAAUGCCCCGAAUAUCACAUCAACUACGGAUACCAUUGAUGGGCAGCUCGCCGAAGGAUCGGACAAAACUAAGGAUACCUUAGAGUCCAAACAAAUCCGAAUCAAGUUGAAGUUUCUCAACGAUGAUUCCAAACUCGUAGAAGGGAAUUUAAACGAAGGCAUUGGGGACUUUAAAAAACGGAAUUUUUCCAUUGAACUGGCUGCCAAGAAGUUAGUCCGCCUGGUGUUCAAUGGCCACGUGUUACAACCGGACACAAAAACCUUAGCCGCUUGUGGUUUGUUCGAUAACUGUGUCGUUCACUGUCUGAUACAUAACCCGAAGCCCCAGACGGGAUCCGGAGAGCUGGUCGGAACGGGUGGCAUUCUUGGUGGCAACGACGCACCGAACGGAGUAGGUGGUUUUGGUAAUGGCGUUGCGGGAAAUGGUAACGAUCAACAAAUCGGCGGUGAAAGUACUUGGAGAAAUCGUCUAGGAUCGUAUUUUAUCUACAUCGGAACGUUCAUUCUAUCGGCUACCAUAGCAUAUUGUUGGUACUGUCGCUUUCAGUAUGGGCAUCUGUUUAACCUCAACUCCACCAUCGGACUCAUCGUGACAACAACGAUAUUCUUAAUCAUGAUGCCCACGAUUAUCCUAACCGACAGUAAUUCCACCAACUAGAACGUGAUAUGGAACCGAUCAUCAGGCGCCUUUCAUCGUAUCCUUUCGUUUUACCUAUUUAUAAAUAUAUAUCGCGGUAUAUUGUUCGGUUCAAAGCUGAUUAGCAAAACACUUUCAAUCCCAAGUUUCCUUUCGUUGAGUUUUAUAGCAAAGCUAUCUCAGUACUGUUAAACGCCUGAAUUGCAUCUGUACAUAGCCUCUUUUAAGAAAAAUCCUGAUUUUAAAAACGUUUGUGAAAUAAGAAAAUAUAUUACAUGAAUGAAAUCCCAAGUGUUUAUGAAAA